GGAAAAAAAAACAAAAAAGGAAGAAAGGAAGAAAGGAAGAAAACAAGAAAAUAAGAAAGCAAGCAAACAAGAAAAAAAAAAACCCUCUUACAAGUGUGGAUACAAAUCGCAGAAUGGUUGGCGAAUGAAACAGAGCAAAGCGAAAAAAAAACGAACGAACAAAAAAGGAGCAGAGAAAAGAGCGAGUUGCUAGCAAGUGAAGCGCUCAAAGUGAGGGGGAACGUGACCCCGUGCGCUGGAAAGCUUUUUAAAGUUUGAGCGGGCGUGCUACUAGGCGGAAGUGCCCCCGGCGGAGUCCCAACCGAUUGUGCCGCACCAACUGGGAGUGGCCGUGCUUCCCCCGAGGGGCAGUCUCCACCCAGGCAUUCCCUCCCCUAUUUGAUAUACCACUGGUGUGUACGCCGCGAUCCGCAUUUCCCUCUCUCUCCUCCCCCCCCGGAGUCACCCACGCACGAUGAAGCGCAUGUCGUCGUACGAAACUGGGGCGGAGUCCUCUGAGCUGAGCUCGUUCAGCCUGAAGGGGAAGUCGUCAUCCAAGGGGAAGAGCGACCAACACGGGAAGGAAAAAAAUGUGAAAAAAAAUAGUAGCGUAGACUACAGUGAGGAAAAAGAAACGAAGAAGAAAAACGAACAGAAGAAGAAAACGGAGAAGGAAAAAAAAAGUCUAACAAGUAACCAACAAAGUAAAAAUGCCAAAAGUGGAAAGCAAAGCAACGCACAGCAGAACGCACUAGACAUUUACAAGAGCAAAUUAAAAUUCCUAUUCGACAAUAUGAUCAUUAUUGGGAUUAUCCUCUCCUUCAUGACUCUCAUAACGUUCAAAUAUUUGGAGGAGAAAUAUUCCAUGGAGACCUACCUGGAGGAGGGGGACUCCUUUGAUUACUACGAGGUGUUAAAGUGCAAAAGGGGGGACAACAUAAAUAAGAUCAAGAAGAGUUACAGAGAUCUGUCGAAAAUGUACCACCCAGAUAGCAACAAGGAUUGCAAAGAUUGUGACCAAAAGUUUAGGGACAUUACCAAGGCGUAUAAAACGCUGUCCGAUCCGAGACUAAAAAAGGCAUAUGACCAUUCGAAAGGAAAAGUCCUAAAACUGAUUGAAUCUAAUAGCAUCAAUUUGACGAUGAAAAAUUUUAACGAGUUGGUGGAGAACUCGAAUGAUUACUGGGUCAUUCAGAUCUACUCCGAUACAGAUAACCUAAGUUUGAACUUCUCCAAAAUUUGGGAAGAAGCAUUUGACAAAUAUCAUGAGUAUAUCUCCUUUGGGAGGAUAAACAUACUGACGGAUAAGAAGCUAGUGAAGAGUAAAGUACCUUUCAAUGUUAAGAUAUUUCCCACCAUUUUUAUUUUAGCUCCAGAUGGGACCUACCAAUUGUACUCAAAUAUAUUUAAUGCCACGUCGAAAGAUUUCCAAUCGUACCUUGUUAGUAAUUACCCCAACUUUAUUUACAACGUGCACGAUUUUAAUAAGGCGUAUUAUUCCCUAACUAAGAGGAGCGACUCGGUGAGUAAAAACGGGUCCUCUCACAUAGACAAGAAUAACAAAGUGCUCCUCCUUUCGAACAAAAAUAAGUUAAGUCUCCAGGCCAAGCACAUCACCUUCAAGUUUAGCAACAUAUAUAGUACCUAUGCCCUCCGAUACAACGAAAUUGAGCACCUAACCAAUGAGCCGCUGAAGAAGGAAAUCAUCGACGCUCUUAAAGUCCUCAGCGUUAAAAAAAGCGACUACAUUAAGGAAAAUGAAAAUAUUGAUUACUUCCUUCUGGUUAAUAACAAAUCACAAGUGAAGAUCAUUAGGCGUAUUUCCGCCACGAACAUUAAGAAUGUUUAUAAAGACGCCUUGAGGAAAAACUUGGUGGAAAUUAACGCCACUAACGUGGACUCUGUUUGCUCGACGGUCGGGUCUAGGCACACCUACUGCUACGUCACCAUCAUCGAUAAGCUCGGCAAGGAAGACACACUGGCUUCUCUAAAAAAAGUGUACCAGCAGGUGAAUAACUCCUACGCAAGUUUCACUUCCAAAUUGGGGGCGGACGAGAUUGACACCCAGAUGUUCAUUCAACCGGUCUACCUCCUCAAAUCGAAUAUGACAAAAAAUUUCGUCAAAUUUGUGAAAGACAAGUCCAUCAAUACGUACGACUCCUUUCUUCUGGACUACUCUUCGAAUACCUUCGCCACAAUUAAUGAAAUUAAAGAUUUAAGCAACUACUCCCAGAAGAAGGAAGAUCUUUCCUUUCUCUCCAACAUUUAUAAAGACAUAGAAAUUUUGAGUUUCGAGAAAAUCCCAAAGUACUGCCUCCCCAUGGGGGUUAACUGCCUGUAUAACCCUAAGAAGACCUUUUCCUACCGGCUGUAUAACAUCUUCAAGAGGACCUCCAAACUGCAGGUCAUCCUGUCCGCCCUCGUGGGCUUCCUGCUCUACCCCUCCUUCAAGCAGUACGGCAACUUGAGGUACGCCUGCGUGGCCGCCUCCGUGGGCGCCACGCUCCUCCUCACCAACGUCAAGGAUUUCCUGCUCCUCCUCGCGAGUUAGCGGGGUGGAGCGGUGUGUAGUGACCAGUUGUGCGCAGUGGCGUGACCGCUUUAGCGGUGUAUAGCGACCGCUUUAUCGGCGUGUCCAGACCAGUGUAGUACCCUACUGCUGGGCCCUCCUUUCUCUCCACUCCUUGCGCGCCGCGGUUUCCCCUUUUUUUGUUACCACCCUUGGCGGCCGCGCCCCGGCGGCCCUGCUUGUGCGCGCCCCACCAUGUGCAUCUGAUGAACGCAUCGAACUGUCACCUCCGUGGAAAGCACACAUCGGCUGCUUUAAAUUGGCUACUUUAAAUAGGAUGCCCUAAACUGA